UGAGGUUUCAAGUGGCGAGAGAGUGAUAGGAUUUGGGGUUGUGAGUUGCGACGAUGGUUCCUAAAGUUUAUGGCUUUUACGAUUCGCCUACACCAAGUAAACCACGCACCGUUGACGUCGAAAAGACAAAUAUAUGUCUAAUAUGUGGUGAUAAAGGAGAUUUGAAGCACCUCAUAUACUGUGUCCAGUGUAAAGCUUGUGCUGAGCAUAGUUAUUGUCUAGACAAGUUCCAUAGAGAAGAUGAUGGAACGGUUAGCUGGAAAUGUGAGGAUUGCGCUCCAAAUAAUCCCAAAUGUGGAUCUGUACAAUUGAAGAAAAGCAAACGCAUAAGUGAUGCAACUGAAGCUAAAUAUAACAGGAAGGAAAUGCAAAAGGAGAGUGGUGCUGUUAGAAAACAAAAUCCUGUUAAAUCAUCUGAAUGUGAAAGUGCUGAAUGCCUUAGAAAAAAUGACAUUAACAAGGGAUGGCUGAUCCUCGAAGAUGAGAAUGUUCUUCAAGAGGAGCCUGAAUCGCCUAAAGGUCCUUUGAAUUCUUCACCUGACCAGCAAGCAUUGGAGUGUGAAAAAUAUGCUGACUCUGAUGCCAUAAUGCCUCAGCUCCUGUCUUAUCCAGAGUUUGACAAGUGUAGCCGUGCUCAGCCACUUAGUCAUCCAUUGUGGACGGGGCAAUUCAGAAUGAACAAGGCAACACAUUUUGGUCUUGUUGCUUAUACAUCAAGCAAAGCUUGCUCAAAAGUGCAUUCGGUAGUAACAGAGCUUCCUAGACUGCUUGAUGUGGAGAUGUUAUUGAGGCGUGCUAUUUGGCCUGAGAAUUUUGACAUGUUUUCACCUAAUAGUGAUGAUAUUGCUGUCUAUUUCUUUCCCCAGUAUGAAAGGGAUGAAACAGUCUUUGAUGGAGUGCUGAACGAUGUAAUUGAACAAGACCUUGCCCUCAAGGCAGUCAUUAACAACGUGGAGCUCCUCAUUUUUUCUUCGCAUUUAUUACCUCCUUACGAUAGGCGAAUCUGUGAUAAGUAUUAUAUGUGGGGUGUUUUCAAAACAAAGCCAAGGAGUGGGAAUACUCAGUCCAACUAAUCCUCAUAACAGAAGUAGUAGUUGGCUUCUAAAUCUGCGGUGUCAACUCUCAAUAUGAAUUCUCAGUUCAGGUCAGUAUUAUGGGCCGGUGUUAUGGAUGAAAAACACUCAAAAGUUACCUCUUGGUAUAGUGUAGUUGCUAUUUUGUUCAAGUUUAACAGAUUGGUCAGAACUGAUUAAGGAGUUAGAACAUGGUUAGAAUAGUUGAUGGUAGAUUAGUAAUUAGUUGUGAUCUGUUAUCAUAUUCAAUUAGCUUAUGUAGCAUUGUGUAAAUGCUGUGUUAUAAUUAGUGAUGUAUGUACUGUGAUAAAUUAAUGCAAGAA